AUGGAAAAAGUUGUAGAAAUUAAGGGUUCCACCAUUACUGCACCGACCUUUGAUGCACAGUCCAAUUUAUGUUUCUGCUCAAUGAAUGGAGAGGUGUUUUUGUUGCCUCAUCAUGAACGAGCUCAAACACCUAUUGUAUUAACGAAAGGAAUUGGUCCGAACGGGAUUUGUUUUAAUAAUGAAGGAGUGUUGUAUGUAGCGGAUGGAGCAGAUCAGUGCAUUAAACAACUGGAUCCUGAGAAUAAUCAGUUAGGAGUAGUGAAAAGAGAAUAUAGAGGAAAGCCGUUUACUGGCCCGAAUAAUAUUGUAUGUGAUUCAAAAGGACGCAUGUUCUUCACGGAUAGCGGACCUCUCGGAGAGACAUCACUGGAGAAUCCAAAAGGUUCUGUAUUUUGCAUAUCGCCUGAUUUUAAGCAGAUCCAAGCAUUGGCCUACGAAUGUCUCGCAUUCCCAAGCAGCAUUGUACUAUCCCCUCAAAAUGAAGACAUUAUUUACGUAGCAGAAACGAUGCGAAAUCGAAUUUUGAGAUUCGUUCAUGUGAAUGGGGUGUAUCAUUCAAGUGUGUUUCAUCAACUCAGUGGCAGCUUUGGUCCAAUGGGUCUUGCAUGUGAUGAUGAGGGCAAUAUUUAUGUGUCCAUGUACGAAUUCAAGCAACUGACGAAGGAGGGACGAAUUUUGGUUCUCACUGAAAGUGGAUCGCUCAGAAAAGAAAUCAUUGUAGACAAUAUUUGUGAAAUGACAGGUCUGUAUUACAAACGAGGAAGUCUGUACAUUUCAGAAGGAUCUUGUAUUUACAAAUACGAUUUUGAAUGA